UGAGGACGGAACCAUUCACCGAGCUGAGAGAUAUGACGGAUUAAAUACAACCAGAAAGAAUUAGGUUUUGGGUUUCACUGCGGAUUAGGGCCACGUGCCUCUGUUACGUGAUUGGAUUACAAAUCUGGGCAAUUUUACGAGAAAUUAGCCUGAUAAUCUCACAGAGUGAGCGACGCAGCAUCCCGGCCCAUCUCUGUGAAAACAGAGACAAACGGCAUCAGAAGAUGACUGCGUGACGCUGCCAUGGAUGAAUCCGCAACCAUUAACACAUUCUAACAGAAAUGAGGACCAGCCUCGACCGUUCUUCUUCCGUUUAGUGUUCGCGUAUCACCUCCUGCUUCAUUGUUAGUCAUGGUUUUGUUGCGGAGCUUCGUGCGGCUGACGGUAAUGCUAUGCCAGAGCGGAUGGUGGGGAGUCGCGUCGAGCCCCACCGACGAAGGAGCGCUUCGCACCGGCCACGGCGACCACGGAGAGCCGGGCCAUCAGGAGCAUCACAAGGAUUCCUACAGCACAUUCGCCUCCGAGUUUCUGGAGUCCAGAUAUUUGUCCGAUGACGGUUAUCCAUUCCCCACAGCUCCACCAGUCGAUCCUUUUGCCAAGAUCAAAGUCGGCGACUGCGGAGUUACCAAAGGCUGCAUAAGGUACGGGAAGCCAGGGUGCGAUGCAGAGACGUGUGACUACUUUCUGAGCUAUCGCCGCAUCGGUACAGAUGUGGAGUAUGAGAUGAGUGCAGACACAGACGGCUGGGUCGCCGUGGGUUUCUCCUCUGACAAGAAAAUGGGUGGAGACGAUGUGAUGGGGUGCGUUCAUGAUGACAAUGGACGUGUGAGAAUCCACCAUUUUUACAACGUCGGCCAAUGGGCCAAGGAGAUCAAGAGGAACCCGGCUCGGGAUGAAGAAGGAAUCUUCGAGAACAAUCGGGUGACCUGCCGUUUCAAACGACCGUUGUACGUCCCGAGAGAGGAAACGCUGGUGGACUUGCAUCUUUCCUGGUAUUACCUGUUUGCGUGGGGACCUGCCAUUCAAGGUUCCAUCACAAGGCACGACAUCGACAAUCCUCCGGUCAGUGACCGCAUGAUCAGCAUCUAUAAGUAUGAAGACAUCUUCAUGCCCUCCACAGCCUAUCAGACCUUCAAUUCUCCAAUCUGCUUGCUGCUCAUAGUAGCUCUCACCUUCUAUUUGCUCAUGGGGACACCAUAAUCAAGCACAGCCAAUCACACUGGAUAGGAGGGAGUUGAUCGUGCAGCAAUAAAAAAA